UCACUACCCAACGCACACUUCCUCGAAAACAAAACCAUUGUGGUGGCCGGGGCUGGCAUGGCCGGUCUAGCUUUCGCCAUCUCGUUGAAGAAAAGAGGGAACAACUCACAGCCACUUCGACUCACUAUCUUUGACCGCGACAGCCGAAAUGGCGACCCAAAACGACAAGGCUAUUCAUUGUCUAUCAACGGCGUGGACAAGGACGGUGGUCUUGUGGCGCUGAAAACCCUUGGUCUCCUGGACCCUGUCAUCAAGGCUGCAACUCCAGGAACCACGAGCAUGUCUUUCAAGAUGUGGGAUAGCAAUUGGUCCGAGCUGCUUUCCAUUUCCGCAAAGCCAUAUGGAGAUCUUCCAGUUGGCGGAUUGCGGAUUGCCAGGGCAGACCUGCGUGAAAUCCUCAUCCAAGAAGCUGAGGCUCUGGGCAUUGAUAUCAACUGGGAGGCGCAAUGUUUGAGCGCCACUUCGAAGGACGCUGGUAUCGAAAUCACUGUCUCCUCAAGCAGUGGGUCAAGCACCGUGCAGCACAAAUGCGACAUUCUAGUUGCUGCCGAUGGCGCCCACAGCAAGAUCCGUGCCUCCAUCCGACCUGACGAUUUGUUGCAACAUGCUGGAGCAACUCAAAUCGGCGGAUUGGCUGUCUUUCAGGAUGAUAUACCAAAGCCACUGAGCGAAGCAUGGGGUAUUCUCAUCUCAGGACAUGGAAACAGCUGCUUUGCUGCACCCAUCAAGGACAAGACUGUUGUCUGGGCCUUGAGCAAAGCCGAAGAAAUGCCAGCACAACCUGCUGGCGGAGAUGGCCAUGCCCUACUCGAGGAGGCGAGAAAGCUCGGAGAGGAGAUAAGUGAGCCAUUUAAGAGUCUUUUGAACGCGACAGAUCCAUCCACUGCCUUUGUCAUUCCGGCAAAGGACAAGCAGCCAUUCCACCACCAGGGAGUCUUGCCAGGUGUUAUCUUUAUUGGAGACAGCAACCAUGCCGUGAGCCCCUUUGCCGGCAAUGGCGCCAACACGGCGAUGCAAGAUGGCUGCGACCUGGCUGAGUUUCUGCUAUCUUCAAAUUCGCUAGAGAGUGCCGUUGCAGCAUACGACAAUAUCUCGUUGCCGCGAGCUGAGAAGACACUCAAGUCCUCACAUUGGCGGAUCAGCAUUGCGAACCUCGAGGGCAUCAAG